UUCACGGUUCUCCUCUUUCUUCUUCUUCCUUUUGACGAUAGUAAGUAACUCUUCCCUGCGAAAAUAUUCCAUGGGCUGGGGUCACAUCGGAAUACAUGGCUCAGAUUCCGGUAACAACGCCGAUGCAGGUCCGAGCACCAGCACGCCGUUACCACGGCAGUUUCCUCCGGCAGCUCAACCGGAAAUGAUGCGAGCAGCUGAAAAAGACGAUCAAUACGCCUCUUUCGUUUACGAAGCCUGUCGCGACGCCUUCCGCCAACUCUUCGGUACUAGAGUUGCGGUGGCUUAUCAAAACGAGACGAAACUUUUAGGACAAAUGCUUUACUAUGUUCUUACAACAGGCUCUGGACAACAAACACUUGGAGAAGAAUACUGUGAUAUCACUCAGGUUGCAGGAACUUAUGGACUUCCUCCUACACCCGCCAGACGUGCUUUAUUCAUUGUAUACCAGUCGGCGAUUCCAUACAUUGCAGAACGAAUUAGUUCUAGAAUUGCUUCCCGGGGCAUUAUCCUUGCUGACUAUGAGUCUGCUGAGAGUUAUUAUGGUGAAAAUGCCCGUGGAAGUAGUAAUUCUCGGGUUUCUGCCGCAAGUGAACUUUCUCCUUUGUCUACUUCAGGGCAGUCUACUUCAACUCUGACGAGGUUGAAGGAGAAACUCGGUGGAUUUUGGUUGCAUAUGGUUCAGAGAUGGCCUACGAUGCUCCCUUUUGUUCGUGAGUUAUUGCAGUUGCUUCUUCGUGCUAACCUCAUGUUGUUUUACUUUGAAGGUCUCUAUUAUCAUAUAUCCAAACGUGCUGCAGGCAUUCGUUAUGUGUUCAUAGGAAAAGCAUCAAAUCAAAGACCCAGAUAUCAAAUACUGGGAGUAUUUCUCUUGAUUCAACUUUGUGUAAUAGCUGCUGAAGCGCUGCGCCGAAGAAAUUUUACAUCACUUGCCGGUUCAGUUCAUCAGGCAUCCUUUGCAACCGACCAUACAUCAGCAGGACAUGGUUUGCCUGUUCUAAAUGAAGAAGGUAAUUUGGCAUCUUCAGAAGCUGACAAUGGAAGUUGGAUCUCUGGAUCUUCAUCUUCUGAGCAGCUUGCAUCUAGUGGGGUUAGCAAAUGCACGCUUUGCCUGAGUAAUCGUCAACACCCAACAGCUACUUCCUGUGGCCAUGUAUUUUGCUGGAACUGUAUCACAGAAUGGUGCAACGAAAAGCCAGAGUGCCCUCUUUGCCGUACCCCUAUAACACACUCAAGUCUAGUUUGUAUUUAUCAUUCAGAUUUCUAGAAUAUGUUUCUCAUGGGCUGUAGUCUUUUGUAAAUGGAAAGAAGAUAGCAUGAAAGGUAAUUGCAGCAAUUUCACAUCAAAAUUGGCUCACCUCUAUGCUGCUACUUCUGUUCAAGCUUAUGAUCUUUCUUAGGCUCCCAGCUACUGUCUAAGUAAAGUUAGCUAUUUGAAAGUUGUAGCUCUGAUUUAUUGCUGAACAAUUUUCAUUGGUGUCAAUAUACUGUCUCAGAUUUGGUAUGCAAUGAAAAGAGAAAGGAAACACACGAGGUGUUCAUAUGAUACAAUUGUUUUCCCUCGUGGUAAAAUUAAGGGGACAAUUCCGGUUGUUUGAAAAGAUAAAAAUAUAAUGGCCAAAUUUUCA